AUGUGGAUGGUGGGAUGGAGGAAAGGAAUGGAAUCCCUCGAAUUGCUUGGAAGGUACCGCGAUCAAGAUGCAAUUGACAAUGCCCAGGAUAAAUACAAUAAACUCAUGCGAGAGUCUUUGACUUCAUUGGACAUACUUGGAAGGAUGUUCAAACGUUUUUCAAAUGUUGCAUUCGAAGAUAACCGGGAGUUGAUGGCCAAGGACUUCAUACCCGCACACGCAGCUCUAGAUUUCAAUGCUCCUCUCCAACCAAACGACUGUGCUUCCAAUCUUAGCUUUACCAGAGACGAUUUUUUCAAUCCCCCACAUUGUGAUAAGGGAGACAUCUCAGAAUUAGCGUUCGGCAUCUUCUUUCCAAGGUCCCGAGCCAAUGGAAAACUUGCAAUGGGAUGA